AUGCUGGUGCCGCUAUCAGUGCUUUGGCGUGGCGUCACCACACGGGGUCCUGGGGAACAGGCUUGCAGCUCCGGUGGAUCUUCCAGCGGCUUUCCAAAGAAUCAAAUUCGGAGGUCUUCACGGCAGCAUACGCUAGCUAUUGUCAGAGCGUAUGAGCCAACAGGCCUGCUGCAGCUUGCACCCAAGCCGCAAUCGACUACAGGCACUGGCGGUGAUGGAAAUUCCAGCUCUGGUAAUGACAAAUUGGAAUCCGGCUCGACUGGCGGUGAUCAGUUGUUGAGUCGCGACAUGGUGGGACGACAAAGCGAACGGAAGGUCCUUAAGAUCAACAUCGAUCUAAUGCUGUGGCGGAGCCGCACAGCUCGGAUACGUGCGCGCCUCACGUUGGAUGCCGCUGAGCGGAAAGCGUUGUAUAAAGCCGUAGAAGAUGGCUUAAGGAGGUGUCUUGCUCUUGAUCCAUCAGAUCCUCGGGCAUACGUGGUGCUCGGCAAGGCUCUUGUGCAGCAGAAACGUUUUGAGGAGGCUCGUGGGCUUUACCAGGACGGGUGCGCUAACACAGGUAACACAAACCCAUACAUCUGGUCGGCCUGGGGCUGGCUUGAAGCCCUGACGGGCAACCCGGACAGGGCUCGCAAGCUCUACGAUGCCGCCGUGGUUGUAGACAGCACACACGCCUGCGCGUGGCAUAAAUGGGGCAUGCUCGAAAAGAGCCAGGGCAACUACACGCGGGCCAGGGACCUAUGGAUGCAGGGCAUUCAACGAUGUCGGCGAAAGCCUCAGUCACAAAACGCCUACCUUUACAACGCGCUGGGCUGUAUGGCGGCGCAGCUGGGCCGCGUGGGUGAAGCGCGCGCGUGGUUUGAGGAGGGUACCCGGACAGCCGAAGGAGCGGCAAGCGUGGCACUGUGGCAGGCCUGGGCAGUUUUGGAGGCGAAGCAAGGCGAUCCUACAGCGGUGCGGUACCUUUUUCGGAAAGCGUUGGGAGCGAACCCUCGAUCACGCUAUGUCCACCUUGCGUGGGCGCUCUGGGAGAAGAAGCAGGGGAACCCGCAACAGUGCUUGGCCCUGCUGCAGCGGGGAACACAGCUCAACCCCACGGACCCUGCACUUUACCAGGCGUGGGCAUUGGUAGAAAAGCAAGCAGGAAGGAUUGAUCGGGCGCAGCAGCUAUUUGAACAAGGACUGAAGGCCGAUCCAAACUACCUGUACCUCUGGCAAGCGUACGGCGUUAUGGAAGCGGAGCAGGGCAAUCUUGACCGGGCCCGUCAGCUCUUCCAGGAGGGUGUGUGGGCGGACCCACGCAGCAGCGGCACCGUUUACGUGUUCCAUGCCUGGGGUUCGCUGGAGUGGCGCGCGGGCAACAUCCAAACAGCUCGGGAGCUUUUCAAGGCUGCCAUACGGGUCGACCCGAAGAAUGAGACGACCUGGGCUUCGUGGAUUGCCAUGGAGAGCGAGCAGGGUUUUGUGGAGCGGGCUGAUGAGCUGCGCAUUCGACGGGCCGAGCAGCAGUGGGAGUUUGUGGUGCCUGCGGGCUUCACCACGCGACCUCCGCCCGGGUUGUUGGACACCCUAUCGCAAUUUUUCUCUUUGCGGGGUUUUGGUGGACAACAAGACGCGACUGACACAUCCGCCUCGCCUCCGUCUGUCCGUGGCGCUGGAAAUGCAGCUGCGCCGGAAUCACUUGCUACGCUAUUGUCUUCUGGGGCAUUCCGGCCGGAGGAUGGCGAGCAGCUUGGUGUGGAGGAGAUAGAGAAGAUGCUAGAGACUGGCGACUUGUCAUCGCUACCGGACUUCCUCUCCCCGGAUGACGACCUGGAGGCUUCCCUCCAGGCUCCAGGGGCGCUUCGCAACGCUCAGGCGGCACCCGCAGCUGUAUCAGCAAGAGGCCCCAGCAAGGCUCCCGCUGGCCAGGCUGACGAGGCAAAGGGAAAGGCAUUGGAGAUGAGGGCUCCAGCCUCGCAGGCGGAGCUGCAGGGCGAAGGGGUCAGUACCACGUCAUCCUUAAACCUUGGCCUCGCACCCCGCCCAGUGGCUGUAAGGCGGAGGCGGCGGGGUGAGGGGUCGGGGUAG